CUCCACAUUUCCGCAAAUAAGCCUCGGUCAGCGGCCGCGGUAAGAAACGGACACCCACCAACAAACCGGGGAAACGGUUAGUUCAGAAACACCGGAAACGUACACAAUAAACAGCUCACUGCAGCACUGGCAGCUCUGCCCCCCCACACCUCCUCCUGCUGAUGCCCGCCCCCCCCAGCCCUUGCACUGAGGUUCACCCCUCCACAGAGAGAGCAUCAUGGUCGAUGUUACCAAAUGGCCCAUUUUCAGCAUGAUGGGGCCCCAGGAGCUCUCCUCGAUACGGAAAGCCUGCGUGUUUGGGACGUCUGCUAAUGAGGCCGUCUUCAUCACCAAAGAUGAUGAGGUGUAUGUGAUUGGGUUAAACUGCAGCAGCUGCCUGGGGACAGGAGACAGUCAGAGCUCCAUUGUUCCCAAGAAGCUGGACUUCCUGAGCGGGAGGAAGGUGGUCAGCGUGAGCUACGGCAGCGGACCCCACAUCCUGCUGGCCACAGAGGAUGGAGAGCUGUUCGCCUGGGGUCACAACGGCUACAGCCAGCUGGGGAACGGGACGACCAACCAAGGAGCCGCUCCGCUGCUCGUGUCGGCUAGCCUGCUGAAUAAGAAGGUCACAGAGGUGGCCUGUGGCUCGCACCACUCCAUGGCCCUCAUUGACUCAGGAGAAGUGUAUGCAUGGGGCUACAACAACUGUGGUCAGGUGGGUUCGGGCUCCACAGCGAACCAGCCGACCCCCCGCAGAGUGUCCAGCUGUCUGCAGAACAAAGUGGCCGUCGGCAUCGUGUGCGGGCAGACCUCGUCUCUGGCAGUGCUGGACAACGGAGAGGUCUACGGCUGGGGCUACAACGGGAACGGACAGCUAGGACUCGGGAACAGCGGGAACCAGCUGACCCCCUGCCGCCUCGCCGCGCUGCAGGGCUUAUGUGUGCAGCAGAUUGUCUCGGGCUACGCCCACUCUCUGGCCCUCACAGACGAGGGGCUGCUGUUCGCCUGGGGGGCCAACACCUACGGACAGCUGGGCACCGGAAACAAGAGCAACCAGCUGAGCCCGCUGCUCAUCAUGACGGAGAAGGAGAGGAUAGUGGAGGUCGCCGCCUGCCACUCCACACACACCUCAGCCUGUAAGACUCAGAGCGGCCAGGUGUACAUGUGGGGUCAGUGCAGGGGCCAGUCCAUCGUGCUGCCCCUCCUCACACACUUCACCUGCACCGACGAUGUGUUCGCCUGCUUCGCCACGCCCUCAGUCAUGUGGAAGCUUCUCUCUAUGGAGCACGAUGACUUCUUGACCGUGGCUCAGUCUCUGAAGAAACAGUUUGACAACCCGGAGACAGCCGACCUCAAGUUCUGCGUUGACGGCAAACAUAUCUGCGUCCACAAAGCCAUUCUCAAAAUCAGGUGUGAACACUUUAGGACCAUGUUCCAGUCGCACUGGAACGAAGACAUGAUGGAGGUGAUAGAAAUCGGUCAUUUCUCCUAUCCGGUGUACCGCUCCUUCCUGGAGUUCCUCUACACCGACGCUGUGGAGCUGCCUCCUGAGGACGCUAUCGGGCUGCUGGAUUUGGCCACGUCGUACUGUGAGAACCGUCUGAAGCGCCUCUGCCAACACAUCAUAAAGAGAGGCAUCACCGUGGAGAACGCCUUCUCGCUGCUGGCGGCUGCCGUGCGCUACGAUGCAGAGGACCUGGAGGAGUUCUGCUUUAAGUUCUGUGUGAACCACCUGACGGAGGUGACCCAGACCGCCGCCUUCUGGCAGAUUAACGGCAACCUGCUCAAAGAUUUCAUUUGUCGAGCCAGCCGCUGUGGAGCCUUUAAAAACUGACCAAUCAUAGCUCAUUAUAGACUCAGAGGCGGAGGAUGCUGUGGAGACCCUGGGAGUGACUUCUAAAGGACCCCUCUGACGGGUGGUUACACAAACUUUAUAUAGAUUAUCAUCACUGUCAGAUUAUUCCUUUCAUUCCAGACAUGACCGGACGUCACAGUGAAGUUACAGCAGUAUAUUGUGUCUGACUUCUUCUUACUUUACACACAUUGUGUAAACACAGGGUUUAUUUGCAUUGCGAGACUUACUAUCGCUUGAUCGAGUUGUUUCAACUUGAAAUAUUCUUGCCAGUUGCCUGAUAUCACUUUACCUUAUUAUUGACCAAGUUACUUCUUUAGUGUUUGCAAUUGUUUGAAUAUGAUUUUGUUUCUUUUUAUUAGAAGACUGCAUCAUAGCUUGGAUGUGCCAUCUUAUUUUGUGGUUUUCAGGAUGAGGUUUGAGAAGUUGAACUUUUAGAUAUCGGGACAGAGGAAGUGUUUUGAAGACUGGACACUGAUAAAUCAAUUCAAGGGGAAAUGUGCCACCUUUUUAAUGUCCCAAUUCAUUGAGGCAAUGAAUCCCUCAGUGAGAGCUAUAUUGACCCAGGAAGCUGAAUCCUCCAGAAAGCAGUUUAUUUUCUUAUACAACACACGUUUUGAUUCAAUUAAGAAAAAUAUAAUUUAGUUCUCCCUUACUUCCAACAACGUCACUUUAAAUAACUGCGCUGGGUUAAGAAACAGCAGACUUUUCAGAUUUUUAACUCAUCUUUAGGUCAAACUCCAGAGAGAUCCUUAGUGCUGCUGGUUGAGGCGUGAUUUUGUUUUGGUUUUGAAGUGAGAUUUAUACUUAAACUGUUACAUGUGUGAAAUGACAGAUACCACAUAUUAGACAGUCUUAUUUUGUGCAGCUACAACUCCAUACCAUUCAAUAAAGCUUCUCUAUUUGGUCCAUGAUUAGCACACAGAAGAACAAUUCGUUUUCUCAAGAAGUAUGUUAACAUUCAAAAUCUGUUUACAGUGAGACACGAGGCCUUGCAGAAGCUUGAGUCGACUUGCCUUGGUGGAUGAAAAAGUUUCUGUAUGUGAAAAGCACUAUUUUACAGUGUUAACACUAAGCUAAACGACAUGCUGUGCGAAUGUGAAAGAAAAUGUUUGCUCAUUUCUAUGCAGGACUUUUUUUCUAUGCAGGACAUUUUGUCUUCAAAAUCAGAAACUAUAAUUGAUACUGCGUAUUAUGAAAUGCCAUUAAAAUGUUGUGACCUUUUUCCAAACAAAUGACUACAAAAAAGUUGGUUUCUUGUAAACAAGUAUGUUUUAAUAUUAAUACAUAUAUUGCAAUAAACCAAAAUGAAACAAAUGUUGUUUUUUUAUGUAUCAUAGUGCAUUAGAGAAUUGAGAUUGAGUUAGACAUUUGAUUUUUAAGGAACAAAUCUCUUUUGUUCAUUGAUAAACCAGAGAUGCAACUAUCUUCACAGAAAGAUCCAGUACAGUGAGUUUUUUUGUUUUAAACUAAAGGGCCAUAUUUAAUCAAUAACUGUAAGAAAAGUUAACAAUGGAACAAUUUACUUAAUGUUGAAAAUAUCAUUAAAAACAUGUUGAAAAGUUAUCAAUAUGUUGCAUUUGUUUUACAUUUAUUAAAGGUGGGGUAGAUAAGUUUGAGAAACCGGCUCGAGAUACACUUUUUGUUAUAUUCCAUGGA